UAAUGAAGGCAAAGUAGGGUGAAGAGUUAAAUUUGAAGAAAAAAAAAUUUUUUUUUGUAUUGUUUUAUGUUUAGAAUAUAAAUCAAAUGGAAUUUCAAUUUGAAGAAAAAGGACAGCUACGUUAUAUUGUAUCAAGUUUAGCUGGUAGAAUGAGGGAUUAUCCAUUAAGUGAAUGUUUAUCUGGCCCAUAUGAAAUGCGUGAAUUUCGUUCAGAUUUAAUAUAUGAACUUCUUAAUGAAUAUUUAAUUCCAAGUAAAAUGAGAGUAUUUCUCACAAGUAAAGAGUUUCUAUCAAUUGCAAGAGAAAAAGAAAAAUGGUAUGGUACACAAUAUAAACAAGAAUAUUUAUCAGAAGAACUUAUUAAACAAUAUGAAACAUGUGAAAUUAAUUGUGAACUUUAUUUACCAAUACCAAAUAAAUUUAUUCCGACAGAUUUUCAAUUAUUUUCCAAAGAGAAAAAUCUUACACGACCACAAAUACCAACAACGAUUAAAGCAAAAACACAAUUUGGAGGUUUAGACUAUGAAUUCUAUGAUUGCAAUGAUAGUAUUCAAUUAAGUAUUUCUGGAUUUAAUCAUAAAAUAAAAGAAUUACUUAAUAUAAUUAUUGAUCAUAUGAUUAAUAUUAAAAUAGAAGUAGAACAAUUUGAAAUAAUUAAAGAAAAAGUUAAACAAUCAUUACAAUUUUUUCGUCGUUGUGUUCCUUCUGCAAUGGCAAAUUCUGGUCUUACGUAUUUAACAGCUGAAUAUUAUUGGAAUAAUAAUGAAUUACUUAGUUGUCUUGAUGAUAUUACAAUGCAUGAUGUAGAAUCAUUCAUUACUCGAAUAUUAAAACGUUUUUAUAGUGAUUCAUUAAUGUAUGGAAAUUUAACAAAAAAUCAAGCAAUUGAAUAUAUGACUUUAGUCGAACAAAAAUUUCAAGAAAAAUCUUUUUAUCAACCACUUUUCAUAGCAUGUGGUUGUAAUUAUGCAUAUACAAUGUUUAAUGAUGCAUAUAAAUUAAAUGCAAUCGUUAUAUAUUUACAAUGUUUUCAAGAAACACUUGAAAAUAAUGCUUUACUUGGAUUAUUUUCUUAUUUACUAUGGUGUUCAUGUGGUGUACAAGGUUUCAGUGUUACUGUUCAAUCAACUCGAGAACUUGGUUAUAUUAAUCAACGUAUUGAAUUAUUUAUUGAUUCGAUAAGAAAUUAUAUUUCAACAAUGUCUGAUGAACUAUUUAAAAAACAACGUGAAGGAAAUCAAUUUUGGAAUGAAAUAAUUAAUCAUCAAUUUUGUUUCGAUCGUCUUCCACUUGAAGCUGAAAUAAUAAAAACAUUAGAACGUGAUGAUUUACUUCGUUUCUAUGAUCAUUAUAUAUCACCACAUUCAAUUUAUCGACGUAAAUUAUCUGUUCAUGUUAAUUCAUCUUCAUUUGCACUUCAAAUGCAGACUAAUGAAACAGAUACUGUUGAAAAUAAGGAUGAAUUAACAGAUAUUAUUCAUGGAGAAUCAUCUUCAAUUAUUAAUGAAGAAGAUGUUGCUGUAACCACUGAGACAAGUCAUGAAACAAUUCAAUCAACUGAAACAGAAAAUAUUUUAGCUAAACAAGAGAUUGAUUUACCAGAGUUUGAACGGAUUGACAAUGUUUAUAUAUGA